AUGCAUCUCUGCCUCACAUGCAUCUCUGCCUCACAUGCAUCUCUGCCUCACAUGCAUCUCUGCCUCACAUGCAUCUCUGCCUCACAUGCAUCUCUGCCUCACAUGCAUCUCUGCCUCACAUGCAUCUCUGCCUCACAUGCAUCUCUGCCUCACAUGCAUCUCUGCCUCACAUGCAUCUCUGCCUCACAUGCAUCUCUGCCUCACAUGCAUCUCUGCCUCACAUGCAUCUCUGCCUCACAUGCAUCUCUGCCUCACAUGCAUCUCUGCCUCACAUGCAUCUCUGCCUCACAUGCAUCUCUGCCUCACAUGCAUCUCUGCCUCACAUGCAUCUCUGCCUCACAUGCAUCUCUGCCUCACAUGCAUCUCUGCCUCACAUGCAUCUCUGCCUCACAUGCAUCUCUGCCUCACAUGCAUCUCUGCCUCACAUGCAUCUCUGCCUCACAUGCAUCUCUGCCUCACAUGCAUCUCUGCCUCACAUGCAUCUCUGCCUCACAUGCAUCUCUGCCUCACAUGCAUCUCUGCCUCACAUGCAUCUCUGCCUCACAUGCAUCUCUGCCUCACAUGCAUCUCUGCCUCACAUGCAUCUCUGCCUCACAUGCAUCUCUGCCUCACAUGCAUCUCUGCCUCACAUGCAUCUCUGCCUCACAUGCAUCUCUGCCUCACAUGCAUCUCUGCCUCACAUGCAUCUCUGCCUCACAUGCAUCUCUGCCUCACAUGCAUCUCUGCCUCACAUGCAUCUCUGCCUCACAUGCAUCUCUGCCUCACAUGCAUCUCUGCCUCACAUGCAUCUCUGCCUCACAUGCAUCUCUGCCUCACAUGCAUCUCUGCCUCACAUGCAUCUCUGCCUCACAUGCAUCUCUGCCUCACAUGCAUCUCUGCCUCACAUGCAUCUCUGCCUCACAUGCAUCUCUGCCUCACAUGCAUCUCUGCCUCACAUGCAUCUCUGCCUCACAUGCAUCUCUGCCUCACAUGCAUCUCUGCCUCACAUGCAUCUCUGCCUCACAUGCAUCUCUGCCUCACAUGCAUCUCUGCCUCACAUGCAUCUCUGCCUCACAUGCAUCUCUGCCUCACAUGCAUCUCUGCCUCACAUGCAUCUCUGCCUCACAUGCAUCUCUGCCUCACAUGCAUCUCUGCCUCACAUGCAUCUCUGCCUCACAUGCAUCUCUGCCUCACAUGCAUCUCUGCCUCACAUGCAUCUCUGCCCCACAUGCAUCUCUGCCCCACAUGCAUCCAUGCAUGCCUGUGCGCCUGUGA